AUGGACUCCAAGGACAAGAAACCUGACUCUUCAGAGACACCGCCUGACACUAUGACUCUACAUCAACUAAAGGACAUGCUAAACAAGGGAGUCGAACCAACAGAUACCGAUGAGAGAAUCGAACAAUUUGUCCGUUGGAGAAUACAAGACUACAAUGAAAACAAAUGGGAGUCCCUCUCCGACAUCUUUGCUGAGGAAUUUCGACUAUUCGCUAAGGAGGACUUUGAGGCCCUUUCCAAAGAACAGCAAUAUGGCUUACGAAACUGCCUACGAGCCAAUGGAGUCUAUGUUAAGAAAGGACGAGGGGUUUUAAUGUCCGAAUCAUUGGCCAAUAUAGUCCAAGAAGACAUCCCAUGGCCACUGAACGACGAGGAUCGUCCUCCACCAAAGCAGCAACAAUAUUACCCCCCUCAGCAGCAAACAAUUCAGCCGCAGCAGCCUUAUCGACCGGAGAACACUGUUCCUCUCCCCCCGCAACCGGCUUAUCAUCAGCCUUAUCGACCGGAGAACACUGUUCCUCUCCCCCCGCAACAGCCUUAUCAGCAGCCUUAUCGACCGGAGAACACUGUUCCUCUCCCCCCGCAACCGCCUUAUCGACCGGAGAAUCCUGCUCCAAUUCUCCCCCUAACACCAGCCUACGGCCCAAAUUACCGAGCCCCACACCUACUACCCUCGCCUUACCAAGUCAUUCAAGACUUCGGUACCAAAUAA